CUUCUCCUUAUCAGCCCCACCAUAGAAAUAUCGAAACUGGAGACUCUGACUCAAAUCUCUCCCCUCCCCAGGGUUCCACGACGUUUCUCUAAUCUGUAAGUUUUACCAAGCAGCAUUUGCCACUUGUUCCCUCUUCCCCACCCGUGCCUGCCGCCCCACUAAUAAUUGGCAAAUUCCCGCCCUCUGUCAUUGUCUCCAGCGGGGAUUUCCAAUUUGAUAGUGAGAGAAAAAGAAGGAAAAAAAAAAAUCCCAUUAUUGACCAUGAAUUUGCGGAGGAGCAAUGGCGUGUUGCUGUUGGGGCUGGGCUUGGUCGUUGCAUUGCUUUUCCGUAGCGGUUUGGCAAGCGGUAAUCUAGUGUUGAAGGUGCAACACAGAUACGGAGGGCUUGGGCAUGGCAGGAGGUCCACAUUGACGGCAUUCAAGGCCCACGACGUCCAGCGUCAUCGAAGAAAACUCGCCGCCCUGGAUUUUCCCUUGGGCGGUGAUGGCCGUGUCACCGGCUCCGGCCUCUAUUACACAAAGCUUGCAAUUGGGACUCCCCCGAGGAAUUUCUACGUCCAGGUGGAUACCGGAAGCGACAUUCUGUGGGUGAAUUGCGCCGGCUGCGACAACUGUCCUAAGAAAAGCAGCCUCGGCAUAGAGUUGGCGGUGUAUGACUUGAACGACUCCAAAAGUGGGAAGCAGGUGACUUGCGAUCAAGAUGUCUGCGCUCUUAUGUACAACAACCAGUAUUCGGCUUGCAAGGAUCCAAAGCCCUGUGAAUAUUCCAUUACGUAUGCUGAUAAGAGCACAAUGUCGGGUUUCUUCGUCACGGACACCAUCCGAUUCGAUCAGGUCACCGGGAACCUUCAAACGCAUCCCAACGCCAACGGGAUUGUAUCUUUCGGGUGCUCAGUUAAGCAAUCAGGGACACAGGAUACAUCCACGGACAGAGUUAGCGGGAUAGUCGGUUUCGGGCAAGCCAAUUCCUCCAUCAUAUCCCAGCUCGCUGAGUCCGGAAAGGUUAAGAAAACAUUUUCGCACUGCCUGGAUGCCAAGAAUGGGGGAGGGAUAUUUGUUAUAGGACAAGUGGUGGAUCCCAUGGUAAAUUCGACGGCUUUGGUGGCGGAUGAUGGUGAUGACCUACUCGAACAUUACAAUGUGAUGAUGAAAAAAGCCGAGAUAGAGGGUGAAAUUUUUGACAUCCCAACUGAGAGCUUCUUUGACACAGGACGGAAGACGGUGAUCGACAGCGGUGCAACCUUGGCUUAUUUUCCUGCUGAAGUCUACGACCUGAUCAUGGAAAAGGUCACCGCACGGCAAUCUAAUUUCAAGACUCACAUUGUUGAGCAGCAGCUCAAAUGCUUCUACUUCAAUGGCAACAUUGACGAUGGUUUCCCAACCAUAACUUUUCAUUUUGCCGGCUCAGUUAGCAUGCCAGUUUUGCCGCAUGAAUAUUUCGUCCACCUUCAAGACAAUGAGUGGUGUAUCGGUUUUCAGAGGGGUGGAUUGCAGACACAAGAUGGACAAGAACUGAUUUUAUUGGGAGACACAAUAUUGUCAAACAAGCUUGUUGUGUAUGAUCUUGAAAACCAGAAAAUUGGAUGGACAAGGUACAAUUGUUCUUCGAGCAUCAAAGUGAAAGACGAAGUUUCAGGAAAUGUGAACUCCGUAAACUCCCCUGAUAUUUCCUCAGCGUUCGCUUUAAAUACGGGAAAGGUAUUAGCAGCGCUGAUGUUUGUGGCCACACUGGCUAUACAAUUUUACUAGGAUGAACUAGCACAGGUAGGAGAGUCAUUUGUUUUUUGAUUGAACACACGAGGAAAUUUUUUUUUUUUUUUUUUUAAAUUAUCCGAUCGACUACUACUCAAUUGCAUCAUAAUGUGUAAUAACUAAUAAGCGGGUCCGACGCGAGGCCGUCUUCUAUUUGUCACGCAAA